AUGCUAGAAGAAGAUGAAGGAAGUGAAAGAGGGGUCUUAGUUUUUUACGAGUUAGGGAUUUUCCUUCAACAUGCUGAGAAGUGGAUUGGAGGUGGCGGAAGGGCUGGGUCUUUGGAGGAUGGGAUGUUGAGAGAUUGGAGGGCUUUGAGUUGGUUUGGGUCUAAAGAGCUGGAAGAUGUUGUAUAUGAGGUUGUGGGGGUGGAGUUUGGUGGGGUUGAGAAGGAGGUAAGAGAUGGGGUGGGAGGGGGGAAGGGGAGAAGCAGAGGCGGAGAAGGUGGUGGAGAUAAAGAGGUGGAAAAUAGAGUGGGCAGCAAUGUUGGUGUUGGGCUUAAGAUGGGUCUCAAAUGGGGAUGA